GCUUUGAGGACUGUGCUGAAGACUCUUCCAGAGGAACAUUUCAAUGUCCUCUGUUAUCUAAUGUACUUCCUGUCCCGUGUUGCCGCUGAGAGUCAUUUCAAUCGAAUGACAUCUACAAAGCUGGCAAGCGUUUUUGGAUCCAACAUCUUUCACGUUCCUUUCAGCCCCACCAUGUUUAAGGAACAGGGGCAGUGUAAUGCUUUGAUUAAGCACCUGCUGGACAAUCUGAUCCACCUGCUGCCAGACAUGUAUCUUCAUGCAUCCGCCAGCAACACAGCAAUUAAAGGUUACCAAAACUGGACGACUUGGGCGAAUGAGAAAACGAUUCAGAGGUUUUUGGAGGAAUUUGUGCUCAUGCACUCACAGCAGUGACAUAGAGCAUGAAAAAGCCUCUGGAGACCAGAUAUAGAAGAGUAAAGAAACAUGAGGGAUGGCUUGUAAGGGCCACCGAAAGACACGGGGGUCGGUAAGGGCCACCAAAAGACAAUGGGGUUGGUGAGGGUUUACUGGAAGACACUGGGCUUGGUGAGGGUCACCGGAAGACAAUGGGGUUGGUGAGGGCCACCGGAAAACAAUAGGGCCGGUGAGAAUCAUGGGAAGACACUGGGGUCAUGAGGGCCAACGAAAUACACUGGGGUCGGUGAGGGCCACUGGAAGAUUCUGGGGUUGGUGAGGGUCACUGGAAGACACUGGGGUCAUGAGGGCUAACAAAAUACACUGGGGUCGGUGAGGGCCACUGGAAGAUACUGGGGUUGGUGAGGGUCACCGAAAGACAAUGGAGCCAGUGAGGGCCAUCAAAAGACAAUGGGGUUGGUGAGGGUCACUGGAAGAC